UUCCGACUUCAACUGUACAUAUAUAUCUUAGCCAACGUCACUCAGGAGAAGUUUGAUGCCACACGGAUGCAUGUGAUGCCAGAAGUAGCGGCACAGGAGCGCAUGGUGGACGAUGGCACUGGUCAGGUGGAGGUGUGGCGUAUCGAGGACCUGGAGUUGGUCCCAGUGGAACCCCAGUGGCAUGGCUUCUUCUAUGGAGGAGACUGCUACCUGGUGCUCUACACUUAUGAGGUCCACAGCAAGCUAAACUACCUCCUCUACAUGUGGCAAGGGAGCCAUGCCUCUCAGGAUGAGAUAGCAGCGUCUGGCUUCCAGGCCGUGGCCCUGGAUCAAAAGUAUGGCAACCAGCCUGUACAAGUGAGCAUCACCAUGGGCAAGGAACCCAGACACUUCAUGGCCAUGUUUAAGGGUAAAAUGGUCAUCUGUGAGGGCGGUACCUCCAGAAAAGGCAUGUCUGACCCAGAGCCACCCGUCAGAUUGUUCCAGGUCCGCGGUUCUGACGCCUCCAACACCAAAGCCAUCGAGGUGCCGGCCCUGGCAGCCUCGCUCAACUCCAACGAUGUCUUUCUGCUGAGGAGCCAGUCAGGGAUUCACCUGUGGUGUGGCAAGGGAUCAAGUGGGGAUGAGAGGGCCAUGGCUAAGGAGGUCAGCGCUGUGAUUGGACAGCACUCGACUGCUGAAGAGAUCAUGGCAGAGGGUCAGGAGCACAUUGAAUUCUGGGAUUUACUUGGAGGGAAGGCCCCUUAUGCCAAUACUGAAAGACAACAGCAGGCUGCUCUGGAUCAUCAGCCGUGUCUCUUUGAAUGCUCGAAUAAGACUGGCCGUUUCAUCGUUAUCGAGGUGACCCAGUUCACCCAGGAUGACCUCAGCGAGGAUGAUGUCAAUCUACUAGACACGUGGGACCAGGUCGUCCUCUGGGUGGGGAACGAGGCCAAUGAGGUGGAGAAGAAGGAGGCGGUGGUCACCAGUCAGGAGUACCUGCGUACCCACCCAGGGUCCCGGGACCCUGACACCCCUAUCCUCCUCAUCAAGCAGCGGUACGAACCCCCCACCUUCACCGGCUGGUUCACCGCCUGGGACCCCUCCAAAUGGAGUUGGGGGAAACUUACGAAGAGCUGAAGAAAGAGUUGGGUGAGGUGACAUCCCUUGUAAGGAUCCCAAAUGAGCAGAAUGGUGUUGAGACCAGGAAGAGCUUCCAGUCUUACCCACCAGAUGACCUGAUCAACAAACUAGCUAAUGAGCUGCCUGAGGGUGUCAACCCCACCCAGAAGGAGGAGCAGAAUGGUGUUGAGACCAGGAAGAGCUUCCAGUCUUACCCACCAGAUGACCUGAUCAACAAACUAGCUAAUGAGCUGCCUGAGGGUGUCAACCCCACCCAGAAGGAGAAACAUCUCUUAGACUCAGACUUCAAUGCCAUAUUUGGAAUGUCUAAAGACCACUUUGCCAGCCUGCCUCAAUGGAAGCAGCUGAGCGUUAAAAAAGGCAAAGGCUUAUUUUAAGGGGAAUUAAUCUCUCAUCAUUUUGUAACAAUUUCCAGAUGUUAAAAUUUGCAAAGCAUACUAAUUGUACCUUGUUCAAACAUUACUUUUAACUGAUGUCUUAUUAUUUCGAUCUAAUGACAAAGUCAGUCAUAAAAAAUAAAAAACCUGCAGUUGUCUUUUCCUAAUUGUGCAUUUAAAAAAGAUGUCCCUAUAUUGUACUAUAUACUGUAUGUCUGCCACUCAAUUAAGCGUACA